AUGGAAGCAUGGCUGAAAAGUCCAAGCAUUCUUAUCAGCCUCGGAUCUCAUGUUAGACCCACGGAAGCCAUUGCACUUCAGAUGGCCAAGGGAAUCCAGCUUUUAUUGAAUAAACAUACAGAUAUCCAGGUACUCUGGAAACUGAGAUACGAUUGGAAGGAUUCUGUGGCUUUUCGGGAUAUUCUUGGCACAUUCAUCGAUUCUAGCUUGGUGAUGAUAUUUGAUUGGAUAGAAGCUGAGAUUGCCGCACUGUUGGAAACGGGGAAGAUUUCUGUCUAUGUUCAUCACGGCGGUGCAAAUUCGUACUUUGAAGCAUGCAAAUUCGGCGUCCCUCAAGUUGUACUUCCUCAAUGGCUUGACACAUAUGACUGUGCAACGAGAGUUGAGUGGCUACAGAUAGGAGCUCAUGGAAGCCAAAAUGCAGCUCCUGGUAUCGAAGCCAAUGAGUUUUCAGGUGCUAUUAGCAAGGCUUUGUAUAGCUCGAAUAUUCGUUCCAAUGCAGAUACUAUAAAGGAGUUGUGCAAGACGACAGAAGGGCGUGUUUUUGCCCACGAUCAGAUUGCACGUUUUGCUCUUCGCUGA